UUUAAAAAAAUAGUGCAGUAACCAUGUCCACGGGGCAGGAUGUGUUGCUUGCACUUUAAUUUUAAGUUAAAUAUUAUCGGUAAUAAAUAAGUAUAAUUAAAUUAUAAUUAAAAAAAACUACGAUCCUAGUGUAAGAUAAAUGAUAAUUAUACAUUGUAUUCUUAGGUAAAAUAUUACAUUUAAUACUUUUUAUAUACUUAUAUGUUACAAUUAUUAAUACUUAUGAAUAUUUUGUAUUAAACAAAUAACGAAAAAAUAAACAGUGUUAACGAAACCCAGCUACCAUUAAAUGAAACAACAACUGAAACAGCAAAUGCAUCUAUUUACAACAUUCUAAGUGGCUUUUUGAAGUUCCUGUGUGGAGCCAUCGUUUUAAUAUAAGAAGAAUGUGCGCCGCGAUCGACAUGCUAGCGUCAGAGCAGCUGUUCUACGGGCACAGCCCGCCGGCCGGCUUCCUCACCGAUUAUUCAGCGCCUGUCAGGAGACCAACGAAGAUUACCACAAGAGGUUUCUCCGCACCAUGCUUAGCAACUCUCAAACCUCUACAAUUAACAUUGAAGUCGGCGCCACGUUCCUGCAUAAAAAUAUCGACGGAGAAGAAAAAAAAGAAGGUGGUUUUCGCGGACGAUCGAGGAUUCGCCCUCGAGCAAGUGAAGUUUAUGACUGAACCGUCCCACGUGCCGCCGUACUGGGCCCUGAAAGUGGUGUCCAGUCCAUCACCAGAGAGAAAGCCGCCUCCCGCUCCUAUCGUGGACUUGUGGGAGUCGAGAUUCGCUCAACCGGCAUCGGAUUACGUUGAAUUCCGUAGAAGAAUUACCCAAGACUGCGUCACUUUGGAAAAUGUCAUCAUUAAACAAAACGAAUGUGCUGUUGACGGGACGGUGAAAGUUAAGAACCUGGAUUUUGGAAAGGAAGUGUUUGUGAGAGCUUCAUCUGACGGCUGGACAACUAGUGAGGACACUUACUGCGCGUUUGUGGAGUCGGGGCCCCUGGGACCUAACGGGACCUCGCUCUACGAUACCUUCGGAUUCAGACUGCAACUGCCCAUCCACUCUAGAAGACUUGAUUUUUGUGUCUGCUUCAGAUGCAAAGGAAGUGAAUACUGGGACAAUAACAAAGGCCAUAACUACACUAUAGAGAAAUCGUCAGUCAGGAACACUCCUGGCGUUUCUUGCGCCAGGAUAAAGUACGGGAACUCUUGGACGUCGAGGUCAGAUUCUACGGGGAACACGCCUUAUUGGUGAAACUAUACUAUUGUGUUAAGUGCCAUUACCCAUGUGCCUUAUUCUUCGUUAGCGAAGAGAUUGGUGCCAAGUAAGUUGAAAGAUCUUUUCUAUUUUCAAUUAAGGCUUAUAAAAGAGUUUUAGUUGAAGAUUUGAACUGCUGUAUUGCUUGUUCAGCAGUCUCACUUUGACUGACGUCAAUUUAUCUGUCAAGUUUGAGAGACGAAUUUUUGGAAGCUUGUUGCAUUUCGAGCAUUCGUUAAGACUUGAGCACUAGAAGUAAUUUUGAAAUACAAAUUAAUCUUUAUAAAUAUUGAAAUUCACCUUACAUACAACAUAAUAUGUUAAUAUAACAGCAACUUGAUUCACUACGACAAAAAGAGAAUUAAUUAACAUUUGUUAUUUAUGUAAAUAUAAUACAUAACACAUUGCUAGGUAUCUUAUCGGGUGCAAAAUGCGCACAUUUUAUUAACUUUUACCAUUGGAUGUGCAUCUGGGUACAAUAUAAGGCAACGAAUACGUUGUCUGUAUAUAAGGCGGUCAAGACCAGCUCCAUAAUGCCCAGUUAAAAAAAAACUACUGCUAUAAUAUAUAACGAAAAAGGGGGCUUCGAAGACAAUAAUUUUUGCAUCCGAUAUUUUUCUACUCUAUGUCAUCAUCAUCAUCAUCUCAGCCACAGGAAGUCCACUGCUGAACUCUACUCUAUGUAAUACCUACCAACUUCUAAAACAAAAUUUUAUAAUCUAUAUCCCGCCUUUACACUUGUGGUAGCUGUAAAAUAUGAUGUUUCUCUAUCAGGAGUUGCGUACUUCUAACAUCCCGCAGCCGCAUAAUGGGUAACAGCUUCCCACCGACUACAACAGAACGCUGCCCAUUUUGCGGUUUUACCUUUUGUAACAGAAUUCUUAUUUUUCUUGUAUAGGUUUAAAAAUCUGCUCGAACGAAUGCUCGAAUGUGAAGGAAACUAUCCUUGUAAAUAAUUAUUCAAAGGAUCUCACAUAAAUAUAUUUUUUUAGAUUCUUUGAUAAUUAUAUUUCUAAGAGUGACUGGUUUUUAUAAACUCUUUUUGGCUUUUAUAAAAACAAAAUAUUGUGUGGUAAUAGUGCCAUUUUAUAUAGACAGAUAAUUUAUAAAUAAAAUGUUUUGUCUGUGUAUUCCGGUGCUCUGAUAUCACUCAUUUUUUGCGCAUCCAUAAAUAACAGAGUUUCAUUUACAAUACCAUUUAUCACUUAUAGUUUAAAAAACAUAUCUAGAUUUCACUUUGAUUGAACUCUUGUGUACAAUUAGUCAUUAUCAAUUUGUAAAACUCAUGUUACCCUAGCAAGUGGAUAAAGUGGGAUACUUUCUUUCCAAAUACGUAUUAUGUAUAGAUAGAAGAAAUGAAAACAAUUCAAUGUCAAAAUUGAUGACAUGUCAAUUAAAAAAUAUAUAAUAUAAAUAGUUCCUAAAAUCUGUAACUAUGCGCGAGUCACUCGACCUAACGUAUUUAUUUGUUCUGCUUCUGUCCAUUAACCUCUAGUAUCACAAUCUGACAAGGGUCACAAUAAAUGUAGGUAACCAAGUGCCGCGCCGCUGUCAUUACCAGACAUUACCUCUGACGAUUCCUACCGCCUAAAACAACAUAUUGAUUAUAACAAAAUCCUUCGCAAGCUUUUAAGAUGCUUGUCAGAUUGUAGUUUAAGCAACGGCACUUUUCAAUAAACUAUUAUAAGCCUAACACAGACUGAAGCGACGCUCAGCAACGUAUAAUACGAGCAUAAAAGUUGUUUUUAUCAAUUUAGUAGCUGUUGUCGCGUCUAGGGAGCAGUAGUGACCGCUACGCGACGUAUUUUGCGCUCGAUUAUUCGUUGCUAUGCAACUAUCUCAGUGUUCAGCUUGAGGCAUUCUAUUUGUGCCCAGUUCACGGAUUUGAUUGUGACGUACGAUAUGGCAACGCCAUUUGUGUCGUCUUAUCCAAUUUUUGACUUUGCUCAAUUUCGAUCGUUAUUUUAUUUAUGAAAACUAGUUUUUAUAAAUAAAAACAAAUGGUCUUAUUUUCAUUAAGUUGUAAAAUGUACCUGCUGUUCCUAUAGUAGAUAAAAUCUGAGCAAGCAUUACGUGCUUGGCUGCGGGUUACUUGCAAUGCAUGAGAAUAUAAUGACGGUCACACAUGCAGUGAAAACCGUAACUUAGUUCCUAAUAGUACUCGUUAUAUCAGACUCAACUCUUAGUGGGUAUAUCUAGUUAUAUUGGAAUGUUUUAGUAGUCGACAUAACGAGUGCGACUGAUAAGCAUCGUUGACCGUCGUUUGAUUUGUAAUUACGCUAAUCGUCACAUUUGGUUCAAUAUACAUAAUUAUAACGUUGAGCCGGAACGAACUCGGUAGGACAAUAUUUUAUGUCUCAAUAGUCCGAGUCUUCCGACUCGACACACGACUCGCCGUCGCGUGUCGAGUUUUGCGGAAAUAUUAUUUUGUAGAGUCUUAAGGUAUUCACUAGAAAACCUUCAGGGGAAGUACUGUUGUAAUUUAUACGGCCAAGGCAAGAAAUUAGGCAAAUACUUUUUUAUACUUGAAUCACAAUUUUUUUUUUAAAGAUUGGUUUUCCCAAUCUUUUAAAUAAUGAUGCAGGGAGUUGCAAUAAUUAGAUCAUUUAUUGGUAAGUUUUCCAGUGCACGUUGACGUUGGUAAAUGUUUUUUCGAGUUUGUUCGAGUCUCGAAAGAGAGAGGUGGGGCACCUCACCCCAAAAUAUAAAGGGUAUUUUUUACUAAUUAUAAUGGUAGCUAGGGUUUAUAUGAACGAAUGAGUUAUUUAUUGCGAACAUGAUUUUAUAUUAUGUAUUGAUGUUUGUAAAUUAUGCGUUUUAUUUUACUUUAAAAGCGUUGAUCUGCUUGAUUAUAUUUUAAAUAAUGCAUUUUAGUUUUGUACUCAAACAUAUAUUUAGUCAAGUACUUUAGAUUUGCCUGGGCCUAGAUAGACUUGGAAAAUCAAUUUUGUUUCGCUGGCUUUAAAAAAAUAACGCUUAUAAGAGAAAUACGUAUUGAAUGCAUACAGGUACUCCUGUAGUUAACUGCAUGUGUUCACUGCACGUUUGACUCGAUGGAUAUGGGGCCUGGGCAUUUCUACACAUUUAUAUCUACGAUACUUUAUCUACCAUGCUUUGGAAUCUUAAGGGCUUGUGAUAUUAGUACCUUGUUAUUUCAUAAUAUGUGAUUGUAAAGAAAUGAUGCUAUUGUAAAAUAAAGAGAAAUUUCCAAAAAUUAUAUCAGAACCUGAAAAUAAUAUACAUGAAGUGUUUUUUUAUUUCAAAAUGCUUUCAUGUUUGCAUUUUUCUAGGUUAUGAAUUUUUGAGAUUUUUUUUUGUUAUUGUGUAAUUAGACCAACCCUAGGUAGGCUUUACAACAUAUUAUUUUGUUAUGUUGGCAACAUUUUAUUGUUUUGCCUCAGAGAAGAGAUGCAUAAUUUAUGAAUUAUUGUGAAGACAGUCGUUUAGCCAGCUUUUAUUUAUCGUCCAUGCUAAGCGAUUGUUUAUAAAAAUAAUAUUUUAUAAAAGAACUGAUUAUAUUAUGUGAUUGUUAAGAUAAUGUAAUUUUUCUACGAGAAUUAUGACAGAUGGCAAUAUAUUAUUUUUUAAAUAUUAAUUAUUGUUUAAUUCA